GAGAAAAUCUUGAAUACAUUCAGCCAAUCAGUUUGGCCUGCACCAUCUAUCUACUUAUCCCCGGCGACACCUCCGCACCCCUCCGCAACCAUGAGCUCCCCCAACAGCGCACCCCUCCCCUCAUCGUUCGACGGCAACGAUGACUUCUACAACGAGAACCGCUGGGACAAGAUCAUCCGACGUCUCCGCGAAGAACCCCUCGUGCCGCUCGGAUGCGGCCUCACAGUCUGGGCAAUCGUGGGCGCAACGCGCUCAAUGCGUAAAGGCGACCACAAAGCCACAAAUCUUUACUUCCGCCGACGUCUAUACGCCCAAUCCUUCACCAUCGCCGUCCUCGUCGCUGGAAAUUUGUAUUGGCAGAAGGAUCGUUUGAAGCGGAAAGAUUACGAGAAGAUGGUUGCGGAGAAGGAGAGGAUGCAGAAGAGAGAACGAUGGCUGAAGGAACUGGAAAUGAGAGAUGAGGAGGAGAAGGCGUGGAAGGAGCGGUUGGGAAGAAGGAGGGGUGGUGGUGGCGCCGGUGUGAGUUUGGGCGGUGAAGACGAGGGGAAGGGGGUUACCGAGGCUGUGAGGGACAAGACGGCGGAAUUAAAGGAGAGGGCUUUGGGCGGGAAAUAG